CGGGCGGCUGCGCGCGCGACCCGGAGGCUCGGCGCCCGAUAACCUGUUUUCCUUAUGGUAAAGACGGCACCUGUGAUGAGCAGAGCGCUGAGGACACCGAGUGAGGCAGAGGUGCAGGCCUGGGGCCCAGGGGACGAUGACAUGGCAGAAGGCGAUUUAGGGUAUGGCCUUGGAAGAAGGCCCGGUGGUGUUUAUGAAGUACAAGUUUCACAUUUAUUGAAGUCUAGAAGAAGAUCAGAUGGAAAGAACUUUAGCCCUCCCCCACUUCCAAGAGAGGAAGAAGGGAGAAAUGAUGCCAUUUUUCAAUAUCCCAAGCCUCCGAGCUUGCAAGACCCUGCAGCAUCCAGAAUUUCCCUGUACAGCCGGCAAAGUAGCUCUGAUUCCAAUUCAGAAUUGUCAAAUAUAGAAUUAAGGCAACAUCUUCACGAAACUUUAGAGGAAGUAGAAAUUUUAAAAACUGAACUUGAGACAGUUAAAAAAAAACUUGAAGGUAAAGAAGAAGCAUUGAAAAUUCUUCAAAGUAUGGCAGUAUUUGAAAAAGCCACAAGUCAUACCCAGGCAGCACUUCAAAAGACUGUGGAACAAAAGAGAUCCUUGGAGAAGGAAAUAAAUACCUUGCAGUGGAAAAUAGAAUUUGAUCAGAAUAGAUUUAAAAAUGUAGAGGAAUCUUGGAUCCAAAAAUAUGACCGGCUAAAUUGUGAAAAUACAGUCCUGAAGGAAACUUUGAAACUGAAAACAGAAGAAGUUAAAAUGCUAAUGUCUAAAAAUGCAAUUUUAAAUCAACAGUAUUUGGAGGCCCUCGCCAUGCUUGAUAUCAAACAACAGAAGAUAGUUCAGGAAAACAUGUGCCAAGAUAAUAGUGGCUUCACAGAGGUUUCAGGUCUCGAGCUUGCAGUCCUUGGCGCCUGCCUUUGUCGUGGUCCCAGAGGGAGCCCCUGUUCCUGUGCCAAAAUGGCAGCAUCCACUCGAAAGAUGCUUCUUCAGCUCAAACAAGAGUUGGAACUUUUGCAGAAGAGUAAAGAAGAAGCUUACAUAAUGGCAGAUGCAUUCAGAAUUGCAUUUGAACAACAACUAAUGAGGAAAAAUGACCAGGCACUAAGAUUGACACAAAUGGAUAAAAUGUGUAAAAAAGCAACAAAACGGGUAAAUUGGAAGCACCUUAAAGAGGAUGAACUGUCAUCACAAAGGAGUAAAAAUACCUUAAGACAGAAACUGUUGGGUAUGCUCCCUUCAGAUUACAGUUCUAAGAAGACUGAAGACCAGGAUAAUCCUCAAGAAGUCUUUAAGAUGCUAAUAGAUUUGUUGAAUGAUAAAGAAGAAGCUCUGGCUCAUCAAAGAAAAGUUAGCUACAUGCUUGCUCGGGCACUGGAAAACAAAGAGACCUCCUCAAAAGAGAAUGAAGAAAAAAAUUCUCUAAGAGACAUUUUUCCAUUAAAACCCCUCUGUCAGAAUAUUUCAGAACUCUCUGUUUUAUGUGAUCCUGUACAUUCAAGUGUUCAAAGUUUUAAUUCUAUGAGCUGCAUUUGUUCCGUCCAGCACCUUCAUACAGAUCAAAACCAUACGAGAACUCUUAAAAGAUCCUGUUCUUUACCUUCAAGUAUCAUGUUUUGAAGUUAAACCAUUUGAAAUUAGAAGUGAGACGUGUUUAUAUCAAGAUACUAAAAAAAAGGAUUGUAUAAAUUUUGCUACAUCUUGACAAGUUGGAUGUUUUCUGGUAUUUCUAAACUUUAGGAGGCAACUUAAAUACUUAUGUUGUCUGUAAGAAAUUUAGUAUUUGGUAUUCAUGUAUUUUAUUUAUAAAUUGUAUUAUUAUAUAUAAUGAAGUUGUCAGUAUUUGCCAACAUCUUAAAAGAGUGAUAUUGAAAAAAACAAGAAAUUAUUUAACUACCUAGAUUGACUAUAGGGAUCUCCAGCUAAAGCAACAAUAUAAUGUACACUGAUGCGCUACAAAAAUUAAGAAUGUAUAGAAGUGACUGAGUGUUAAUUUUUGAAAGAUGUAUGUCUUUUGUUUUUCAGAAUAUUUCAUUUAUCUUAUAAAGGUUAACUACAAUAUAUAUAUAUAUAUAAAAAUAUAUAUAAUGAUGGGUUUCUGGUAGAAGUAACUUCAAAGUUAUUGCUAGCUACCAUCAUAAUUUCUCAUCUUGAUGGAUUGAUGACAUUUUGGCAAUAUCUUCACUGAAUUCUGGCCCUCAAACAAUUCUGAACUAAGUCCUUGGUUUUGAUGGUGUACUUUAGGCCAUUUAAUUUUUUCUUUCUACAAAUAUUACAUAGCAAUAAUCUGUAAUACCUGUUAGGAAUAUUGCUAUAUUAUGUCAAAGCAAAUGCAUUAAAUUAAGUUGCAAUAAAAAUUUUGCGUGCUAGAAUUUCUAGUCAGAAAAAAAAAAGAUGGUUACACUACUAUUUAAAUAGGUGAGAUGACAAUAGGGUAAUAAGAUAACAAUAUUAGCCAUUUAUAAUUGUGUUAUAAUUGUAUUAGGCAUUAAUAGUAAAAGCUAAAAAUUCACAGAUAAAUUUUGAUGAGGAAUGAGGAAGUACUAUUACCAGUCAUCAAAAAUAUAUUAUUCUGCUAGUAAUAUAAAGCUUGUAACGUGGUACCAGCAGAUCAAUGGAAUAGGGUGUAAAUAACAUAAACAGAUCUAAUAUAUAUAAUAAUUUUAUAUAAGCUAAAAGGUAAGGAAAUGAAAGUCCUGGGAUUAUUUACAAUACCAAAAUUAAAGUGUUAAAAUAGUGAUUGCACAAUUUUACAUUCCCAUCAAUGGUGCACAAAUGUUCCAACUUUCCUGACAUCUUUGCAAACACUUGGAUAUGAUAUGGUAUGUUUUCAUGGUUUUCACUUGCAUUUCCCUACUGAUCAGUGAUACAGAGCAUCUUUUCCUAUGCUUGUUGGCCAUUUCUAUAUCAUCAUCAGUACGAUGUCUAUUCAAAUCUUUUGUCAAUUUUUAAAUCAGAUUUUUUUAAACUGAUUAGCUGAGUUCUUCAUAUAUUCUGGAUAGUAACACUUUGUCAGAUAUAUGAUUUGCAAAUAUUUUCUCUCAUUCAGUAGGGUGCAUUUUUCACUGCUGAUUUCAUGUCCUUUGAUGCAUAAGGUUUUUUUUGUUGUUUUUGACAUAGUCCAGUUUGUCUAUUUUUACUUUAGUUGCCUAUGCUUUUGGUGCCCAGAAGCCCUUGCCAAACCUAAUAUCAUGAAGCUUCUUCCCACCCUGUGUUUUUCUUCUAAGGUUUAUUAUAGUUAUUGGUCUUACAGGUCUUUGAUCCAUUUUGAGUUAAUUUUUGCAUAUUCUCUAAAGUAAAGGGCUUUCUUUAUUUUUAAGAACAACUGACAGCUACUGGGAGUAUGAAUUGAUACUACUUUGGAGAAGAAUGGCAAAUCAACAUUGAUUGAAAAUGUGUAAUUUUGGGCCUCCCUGGUGGCGCAGGCAGUUGAGCGCCACACUGUGAAGCUGUCCACAGCCUCUGCAGUGAGGGUUCGAUCCCAGCCGGACGGCGAGAAUCCCACAUGGCGAAGUAGACCUCUCUUGUCUUGCCCACUGCUCCCCUCAGCAGUGUAUUUCGUCAGUCUGCCUGUUGUUACCCACUCUGUCUCUGGUAAUCCUCUCACUCUCCCGUGCAUCUGGCCUGUA